GGCACAGGCGGCCUUGCGUCAGUGAUCAGCCUUCGGGCAACAUGUGUUUGUAAACUCACUCCAUCGAAACAGCCCCGAAAUUGGAUUGGUGCCUGCCCAGAUGACCGAUGAGCAGAAGCUGAGCACCUUCAUGAAGCGCCAUGGGGUGCGGGAGGAGGUGGCGCGUCAGUACCUGAGCUCCAACAACUGGUCCCUGGACAUGGCCAGCAGAACGUACGAGACGGAGGUGGAUGGCUACCAGGCAGGCGCCUCCGGAAGUUCCUCCGAUCACGAGUUGCCAGUGGGCAAGAGGGUGAUCAUCGAGAACUCCACACCGGCCAUCACCAACAACGACAGCGAUCGAAGUUUGCGGGUCUGGGGCCAUGGCACUCGACUGGGUAGUGCCCAUCCUAUUAACCCACCUCCCCAGAUCGCUGAGGAAGACUCGGAUGCGGAAACCACCGAUGGCGAGCACACCAUAGUUGUCCUGCAUCUCUGGUCGGAGGGAUUUUCCCUGGACGAUGGCAACUUGAGGUUGUAUGCCCUGCCCGAAAACGAGCGAUUUCUACGUGCCGUUUUGAGCGGAGAUUUCCCGGAGGAAAUGCUGCGGGUGCCCAGGGUUGAGCUGAGUGUUCAGGACCACACCAACGAAUCCUUUCGUCACCUGUCCAGGAAACAGUUCAUGGGUCCUGGUAGACCCCUCAACAGUCCUCCUUCCCGAAUAAUAAUGGACGGACCACUACCGAUGGAACCUCAAACCCUUCACCUCGACGAACUGGCCGCCAUAACCACUGUGCAACUGAGAAUGGCCGAUGGAAGUCGAGUGGCAGGACGCUUCAAUCUCACCCACAACAUUGGUGACCUCUAUAGCUAUGCUCGACAGGUCCGGCCCGAGCUCUCCAGUCGAAACUUCGUCCUGAUGACGGCGUUUCCACGGCAGGAACUCCUCGAAGCAGACACCCGCACUCUGGUCCAGGCCAAUCUCUGCAACGUGGUGGUCAUCCAGCACUUGAACGAGGAGCAGGCUGAUCCAGAUCCCUUGUCCAGUGAGGCUUCCGAACCGAUUGUAAAAUAAACAUUAGUUGAGAUGGA